CCCGGCGCCCCGGCCCUCCCGCCCGCGCUUCAUGGCUGCUCAGGAAUGGGACUGGUUCCAACGCGAGGAGCUCAUCGGACAGAUCAGCGACAUCCGAGUCCAGAACCUACAAGUUGAGAGGGAAAAUGUGCAGAAGAGGACCUUUACUCGAUGGAUAAAUCUACACCUAGAGAAGUGCAGCCCGCCUCUAGAAGUUAAAGAUUUAUUCGUUGACAUACAAGAUGGCAAAAUCCUUAUGGCUCUGUUAGAAGUCCUGUCUGGGCGAAAUCUGCUCCACGAGUACAAGUCCUCAUCCCACCGCAUCUUUCAGUUGAACAACAUAGCGAAAGCACUUAAGUUUUUGGAGGACAGCAAUGUAAAGCUAGUUAGCAUUGACGCGGCAGAAAUAGCAGAUGGCAACCCCUCUUUGGUCCUUGGGCUGAUAUGGAACAUAAUUCUCUUCUUCCAGAUUAAGGAGCUCACGGGCAACCUCAGCAGGAAUUCCCCAUCUUCCAGCCUGUCGCCUGGCUCGGGGGGCACGGACUCAGACUCUUCCUUCCCACCCACGCCCACCGCAGAGAGGAGCGUGGCGCUAUCGGUGAAAGACCAGAGGAAGGCCAUCAGGACCCUGCUGGCGUGGGUGCAGAGGAAAACGAGGAAGUAUGGCGUGGCAGUGCAGGACUUUGCGGGCAGCUGGAAGAGUGGGCUGGCUUUCCUGGCUGUGAUCAAGGCCAUCGACCCCAGCCUGGUGGACAUGAAGCAGGCCCUGGAGGACUCGAUGCGGGAGAAUCUAGAGAAGGCUUUCAGCAUCGCGCAUGACGCCCUUCACAUCCCCAGGCUCCUGGAGCCAGAAGACAUCAUGGUUGACACUCCAGAUGAGCAGUCUAUCGUGACGUACGUGGCACAGUUUCUAGAACAUUUUCCGGAGCUGGAAGCCGAAGAUUUUGUGGAUUUGGAGAGAGAAGCCCCCAUUGAAUCCACCUUUGUCCGCAUUAAAGAAACACCUUCUGAGAGGGAGAGCACAGUGUUGUUUCUGACCGAAGACGGGGAGCGCGCCUACUCUGUUAACCAUGAAACCAGCCACCCACCGCCCUCCAAAGUCUUUGUCUGCGACCAGCCCGAGAGUGUGAAGGAAUCCCACCCGGGUGGCGUUUCCAGCCAGGCGCUGUCGGACACUGCCACCGAGGUCAUACACCAGGUCAUAGACCAGGUCCUCCAAGACAUCCCAAGUAAGGCCAGCAGCAAUGGCGAGCCGUCUGCAGAAUCUUCCAUCUUAUCCAGAAAGGACAACCGGGAUCCCAGCUCUCUGCCAAUCAAGAAAACUGUGCACUUUGAGGCCGACACCUACCACGAUGCUUCCUGCAGUAAGGACACUUUCCACAGUCAAGACUUUGUCUUUGAAGGGAGCCCAAGAGGGACAAAGGCGUUGUCGAAGCAGGAUGGAUAUGUCUUGGAGGUUGCCGAGGACAAGCUGAAACCGGACGUUCCCAAGAUCCUGGAAGUAGCUUCUGACGAGGCCCUAGGUGAAGUUUCCUUGGUGGACAGUAAGAUCAGUGAUUCUCAGACUUCCCAGAGCUCUCCCUCCUGGAACGGGGCAUCGGAGAGGGCAGCCAGCCCUGGGGAAGGAAGUCGUCCCCAUUCGCCCUGUGGGGAGGAUACUGUUGUGGCCGAAUCCUUGGAGAUCAAGGUUGAGCUGCAGACUGCAGAAGCUAUGGAUAAAGAUGACUAUUUUGAAGGCAUACCAUUAAAAGCCUCUAAAUUUAAUAGCGACCUAGCUGAUUUUGCCUCGACCAGCCAGGCUUUCGAUGAGGAGCCCUCGCGCCCUGAGAAAACGCCUGGCGAGGGUGAGGCAGCGGAGGAGCUCGCUGAGACACUGGGUAGGAGGAGGAGCAAACCUGCCCAAGAACAGGAGGGUUCAGAUGGGCCCCCAGGGAAGCCUGGCAAGCAGGACCCUCACAAGGGCCCUGGGCAAGAAGACCAAGACUAUUUUGUGGCCCCCGAAGUGGCACCAGUGGAUAAAAAGCCAGAGGUGCACGAAAAGGCGAAAUUCAAGUCCUCGCAUCGCCGCCGUGGGGAGGAAGAAGGGGAGGCGGAAGGCCCCCUGGAGCUCGGCAGAGAACUGCCUACCAACCCGCCCAGCAGCCGCAUCAGCCUGGACACCCUCGGGAGUCACAGCGACGAAGGCCUGGAUUUCAAACCCUCCCCGCCCCUCUCCAAGAUUUCCGUCAUCCCCCAUGACCUGUUCUACUACCCGCAUUACGAGGUUCCGCUGGCUGCAGUUUUGGAGGCUUAUGCGGAAGGCAUAGAGGAUUUGAAGAGCGAAGAGAUGGACCUCGAAGAGCCAGAGGACUAUCUGUAUGACUUGGGGCCCCGGGAGGAGGAGGAGCCUGAGGCCUUGGAGAGCAGCUGCAGCUUCUCGGGGCAGGGCAAGGACCACCCCCCAUCCGCCCUCCAGGAGCCCGAUCUGGACAGGGGCGCGCAGGGUGCCAAACCCGCCUCAGAGCCCACGCCCCCACCUGCCCAUCAGGCCCACCAGCAAAGGGAGGCCGAGGACAGUGCCCCUGUGGAGAGUCAGCAGUCCCAGAAAUCCCCGGACUUGGAAACCUCAGCAAACCCUUUAGAAGAAAAGGUCACGGGAGAAGCCAUCAGCAGUAAAAAAAAGGAAAAAAAGAAACAUGUGGACCAUGUAGAAAGUUCAAUAUUUAUAGCACCUGGAACUGUUCGGUCCUCAGAUGACCUAGAAGAGGACAUUGGUGACUACAGAAUCCUUUCCAGGACUAGCCACAGUGACUCCAGUAUUUACAUUCGACGACAUAACAAUAGGUCUUUGGAAUCGGAUCAUGUUAGCUAUGUUCAGUUGAGGAAUGCCGCCGAUCAGGAUGACAGAAGAAAUCGAAUGUCAACCAGGUACAAUACUCAGAAGCUCACUGAGCUGAUCUUACAGUUUUAUGGCAUCAGAGCAAACAAGAAGAGGGAAGGCAGACUUGCCAGGAUGUCUAUGAAAGCUAACCACUCCGGAGAAGCCACGCUGCGGGAGAGCGCCAGCCCGCAGAGCGACGCGCUGACCCAGCUGGUCCAGCAGCCGGACAUGAUGUACUUCAUCCUCUUCCUCUGGCUCCUGGUCUACUGCCUGCUGCUCUUCCCACAGCUGGACGUCACCAGGCUCUGACGCGUGUGUCAGCGUAAUAAAGAGACAGGACCUUGCCGGGGUGCGAGAUCUUUCUACUUCAUUUUCUUUCGCGUUCUGGACAGGGCGCCUCUACAGACAGUUGAGGAUCUGCCCAGAAACGUGGACUCCUUGAUUUUCUUUGGUUUUUUUUUCCCUGUUUUUUUCCCCCUCGUGCGUCCUAAGCAUGCUUUCUCUCUGGCUGCGUACUCAACACUCAGGGGUGUGCCAGAUCCUUGGGUGGGCUUUGUUCCUGUGUGCCUUGCUUUGUCAGUUACUAGUGUGUAGCCAUAACCCGGCCUGAGCCCCUCCCACACCAGGUUCUUAAGGUCCUGGAUGGAUGUGAGUUACUUACCUCUCCGAUGAGGGUCCUCCCGAUGGAAAGAGGGUGGACAUCCCAGGGAGAGCCUCUGCUGGGAAGAAAACGGCCACGUUUUCCUCCAGGAGGGGGUGUGUGUGAGUGAAGGUGCCUGGCGUCCCUGCACCUGUGUACUCUGGUGAUGGGGGGACAUCCAAGAGACACAGCUGCCAGCUCCGGGAGAGCACCUGGGAAGGGCGGAGUCCAGGCAGGGAAGUGAGCGCUGUGUCAUGAGCUGCAGGGCACUCUUUAUCUCCCUAGGUUUUGGGGUUGUGAGCGGGGAAAGUGGGAUGCACUUUACAUUUACUUUUGCCGUGAUGGAAUUAAGGGAAACCUGGAUUUUCCAAUCUUUUCCACCAAUGCAAUCCUUCCAAAUGAAGCCUUGGGCGGGGUGUGGACAGCCCAGAGGACAGAUAAAAGUGGGGCUCUGGCUGACUCAG